UCUUCCUGGUGACACUUCAGCCGCCACCUCAGCCGGGGAAGUGAAGUGCCUCCGCAGCGACAGGCUCCGGUCAUCCCCGUUCUUUCGCUUUGGCGCAUGUUCUGUCGCUGUCUCUCCUUGGCUUUCGAGGUUCGGCAUCGACUACCGGCUGUUCGUCUUUGCCGUCUGGUCAUCUCUUCCCCAUCUGUUCGCCGCCAGCUGCUCCUCAUGAAGCCGGUGGUUGUGUUCGUUCUCGGAGGGCCGGGCGCUGGCAAGGGGACCCAGUGUGCUCGCAUUGUGGCGAAAUACGGUUACACCCACCUUUCUGCAGGUGACCUCCUUCGGGAUGAGAGGAAGAGGCCAGGCUCUCAGUAUGGAGAGCUCAUUGAAAGUUAUAUUAAAGAUGGGAAAAUUGUACCUGUUGAAAUAACAAUCAGUUUGCUAAAAAGGGCUAUGGAUGAAACCAUGGCAGGAAAUGCACAGAAGAAUAAAUUCUUAAUUGAUGGAUUUCCCAGGAAUGAAGAUAACCUUCAGGGCUGGAACAAAACAAUGGAUGGAAAAGCUGAUGUAUCUUUUGUUCUUUUUUUUGACUGCAAUAAUGAGAUCUGUAUUAACCGCUGCCUUGAAAGAGGGAAAAGCAGUGGCAGAAGUGAUGACAACAGAGAGAGUUUAGAGAAGAGAAUUCAUACAUAUCUAGAGUCUACAAAGCCCAUAAUAGAAUUAUAUGAGAAAAUGGGCAAAGUCAGGAAAGUGGAUGCCUCCAAAUCUGUUGAUGAAGUUUUUGAUAAAGUUGUGAGCGUCUUUGAUAAAGAAGGCUAGUUCUCUAUUUGAACCUUUUUCAGACAUGCUUGAAUCCUGCUUUAAGAACUGCUACUAUAGUCCAUUUUUGUAAUGAUUGUAAAAUAUGCCUUUUUAAAUAACUUGAGUUAAUGGUUAAUUAUUUAAAAACAUCAUUUAUACUUUGAAUUAAAAGUGGCUUGUCAGUGAAUUAGGUAGAUUCAGACUGAACUGAGCAAAGAACCCGAAUUCCAAAACAAAGAUGAUAACUCAAAUGCUAUUUCCAAGAAGUAUCUGGUUAUACUUUCAUAGGCAGCAGUACUUUAGUCCUUUUCUUAUUGCCAAAAGCCAUGUUGUUCUUAGAAUCCUGCAAACACAGUAAUUGUAAAUAUAAGGGAAAGGGCCCAUUAAAUUUUUCUUUUUUUUAAUUUUGGACCAAAUGUAGAAAAAUUGUGGGUUUUUUUUACUUAAACAAACAAAGAUCCUUUCAAACAACCAGCAGUUUUUGUAAACAAAUCUUUAAGCAUGCCACUUAAAUAUUUUUUGCUUCUCUGGUUACUAGAAUGUAAAUUGGAAAUAAGAUGCAUACAACAUUGCUUAAAUUAAGCAACAAACUUUAUGAUGUACUCCAACAUUAAACACAGUAAUUUUUCCAUUGUCUUUGCUCGUUACCCUCUUCCCUCACACAUAUGAAGGCCUCUGAAAAUGGAGCCAAUUAGCAUGCAGAAUGGUCAGUGCUUGUGUAAGUGUAGUGUGGUUCCUUUCUCAAAGAGGAUUGGAAGGCCUUGUGCAUGAGAACUGUGGGCUAUGACCGGUUUGUUUAGGACUGGGGUGUCAGAUAACAUAGCUACCGUAUUUGCAAGUAAUAUAGGCCUUAAAUACUUGCAGUGCACAAAUGGUUAACAGAUUUCAAAAUAUUGCUAUUCUUGUCUGAGAGCAACUAUUACAUCCUUUUUCAUCUGCCGUGGUUUUCUAGUUGUAACAAUUUUAAGUGAAUUGCUUAUUUAUUUAGUGAUUUAAUGUGUUGGGACAGGAAGGAAGGGGAUAUUUUCAUAAUUGUUUUAGCCUGCUCCUCAAUUGUAUAAACUUGAAUUACAGUGACUUGGUUAUACUUUUUGAUAUGAUUUGACCAAUGUAAAAACACUUUUGUUAAAAUGAAUCACGCAUAUUAGAUCUGUAUUGUGAUGAUUUAAAUAUAUUGUGGUGCUUGUGGCAGAAAUAAAUUCUAAAUAAAUGAAUGAUUGGAUGGAAAAUGUACUAAUGUGUUUUUGCAAAGCCAUUCUAAUUGCACUUUUGAAACAAAAAACAUCUGGGCAGAAAAAAAAUGAGGUUGCUACAUAGAUGUCUUUGGGGGUCAUUACUGUUUAUGCUUAAGAGAUCCAUUGGACAUGACCUGGAAAGUUGAUAUUAUCCAUCAAUAUUUUUGCUGAUGGUGUUGUGUCAACUGAGCUGACUGCAUUUAUUAUGACUGCAUUAAUUAUGAGUGAUUCUUCCUAUUUAUAUAUAUAUUACAUCUGAUAGUAGCAUUGUUAGUGAUUUAAAAUGAAAUAAGGGGACUGCACUUGGCUUUACACAAGUGAAUAUUAGGCCUUAGUGGUCCUCUCCAGCAGUACAAAUGUAUACAUAAAAACAUAACUCCAGAAAUAAGAUUUGUGUGCAUAAAAGUACAAGGCAUUACAAAAUUAGUAUAAAACACCCCGGGGAAAAUUGUUAAAAAGUGCGGCAGCUUGAUUUAACUGUUGAAAAACCAUAGUAACUUUUUUAAGGUAUGAAGAAAUUACCACAUAAUUGAUUCUAGAACAGUAGAUUACAAAUUACCUGACCAUUGGUCUGCCAGGGAACUCCUCUGCAUCUGCCAUGGAAUCCCUGUGCAUUGUACAAGAUUCUAGAGUGCGUUUCAGGGCACACGUUCAAAAGGGAAUAUCUGUUUGGGCCUACUUGCAUGCAAUCUGGACCAUGCAUAGUAAGACAGAUUGCAAGCAAGCUGUCUUUCAGGGAAGCGUAUUCAUCUUUACCAGUUUUUCUCAUCAAGGAAACUUCUGUUAAGCUUUCAUGGGGCUCCAGGUUUUCUAGGAAUGAAUUUGAAAGACACUGCUCUCUAGACAAAUUUUCACUUACCUCUGGUUCUACAUUAAUAAUCACUAGUUCCAAUUACUGUAGCCAGUUUAUAUUGACAGUUUGAAAAGUCCACUCCUCUCUUCCUGUUGUGUGAUACUCUAAUGGGAUCCCAGUAAUGACCCUGACAUCUUCUGAUUUUUCUGACUUGGCUGCUGGAAGUGGCAGAAUUAUUUAAACAUUUGACAGGUGAUCCCCUUAUUGUCUCUUAAUAUAGAAAGCAUCUGUUGUCUUUGUUUGCUGUUUCCUAUAUGGGAAGUAACACUUUAUGGGGAAUCUGCCCCCAUGGACAGAUAGUGAUGGCCUAAUCUAACAUUUCAUGCAAAUGUUUAUAGUGGUACCCUCAUGGUUUGUUUUCCUUUUAAACAGAAAAAUAAUUCCACACAGGGGUGAGUCACAGCAGGAGUAUGCUGGGAGAAGUUUUUAAUUCUUCCAUCACCUGCUACAUCUCCAUCCAGAUUGCCCCCAGCCCACCAGGGUUCCAGAUGCAUUAUUUGUAAGAGUAAAUUCUCAUUUGAAAUUUCUCAGGAAGAAAUGUUGCUGGAGUGGUGAUGGUUUGGAGUGAGGAAGCAGCAGCAAAAACUCAAGUUUCCCCCUCUGACAGUUAUUUGACUUACCCCUUCUUGAAGUGGUGCUUCUCUUAAUUUUUUUUAAUAAAAACCUGUUAGAGUUUCAUCGCUUAUCUCGGAAUAAAACAAAUAUUUCUUGAGAGUCACAAAUCAAAUUAAAUUUGCCUCUCCCAAGCAGAGGACAGAAUUCAAUUGUAAAAUCCAAAACCAAAAGCUGUUAUGCUUUUUAUUAUAUUUCACACUGAGUUGUGGUGAUUUGAAUCAAUCUUUAUAAAAGAUAUUAUACACCAUUUAGCUUUGGAUUUUGCUACUUUUGUGGCUCUCUACUUUUUAAAAUCCAAUCCAGCAAAAAGCUGGAUCCAAAGAAACUUGUGCACAUGCAUGGAGGAUAUUCUAAAACCUUAGAGUGCAUGUCUUUGUGUGCACAUCUUUGGAUCCGGGCCUCAGUCUUUCACCAUUAUUCAGCCACUUUGUUUAUGUUGAAAGCAUUCAUUACAGUGCAAUGAGGGGCAGCAGAAUUAUGAACAAUGAUCCCAUUUGUAUGCUUCUAAAUAUGCUAACAUUUUAACAAAUGGAAUCAAGAUAUUACCAGUCAACCACUUGAAGAUCCUUUUGUAAAGAUAGCCAUUAGACAAAUGUUCUCUUUGUAGUGAUAUUUAUGUAACAUAGUUUAGCUUUUAAGCUAUUAGUAGGAAUAAGGGUAUACCACUUUCUUAUUGUGUAUUGUUUUGCAGGCUGAAACAAGGUGAACAAUGUAUAUAAAAAUGUUGCCACUAGUAUUGAACCCGGGGAUUAAUCAUGCUCUGAACAACUUUAAUAGAUUAAUUUUGGUCAGUCUCGUAUUAAUGCCAUACAUGCUAUGUUUUUGUCCUAACUGACUUCUUUGUACUGUUCCCUAUUUUAAGUUAUUAGUAGACCAAUGUAUAAUUCCAUGUAGCAGCAAAUUGUAUAAAGCUUCUAAAAUGUUCACAAAUAAAAGUUUGUUUUAAAAUAA